GGAAAAGCUGGUUAGCCGACUGAUUCAAGUGAACGGCCUGUAAAUACUUCCUGCGUUAUCAUACAAACUUAGAACCAUAGCCCACUGCUCGCCGCCUGCAAGCGUGUUGACAACAGAUGCCCUCAUAAUCGCAGGGUUGAUUGGUGCUGUGCCUGUGCCAGUGUGCUGAUGACUCAGCAGGAGCAGCAUGAGUUUGGGGAGAGCCUGGAGGGGGCGGAGGCCUGGAUGCAGGCAGUGCAGGAGCGCCUGCGGGUCAACGACAACACCCAGGGGCCCCGCGCCGCCCUGGAGGCCAGGCUCCACGAGACCGAGCGGAUCCAUGGGUCGGAACACGAGGGUCGCCUGAAGAUGGACCGGGCUUUGGUGGCCGCUGAGGUUCUGUUGCAGAACGGAGAUGAGCAGACGAAACACCAGACCCUCGCCAAACUCCGGGACCUCAAAGCACUCUGGGAAGAGACCACAACCUACAUCGUCCACUGCCACAGCCGCAUAGAGUGGGUGUGGCUCCACUGGAACGAGUACCUGAAGGCCCACGAGGAGUUCCAAGCGUGGCUCGACAAGCUGCAGCGUGCCCUGGAGGCGGACCCGGAACUGCAGCCGGGAGUGCGCGAGAAGCUGUGGCAGGUGGACCAUGCGCAGCUGACCCUCUGCGACAUCCAGGCCCAGGCGCCGCUGCUGGAGAGGCUGCUGGACGAGGCCGCCGGCCUGCACAACCGCACCGAGGACCCCAGCGUGGACCCGGAGAAGCUGGAGGCCCUGCAGGAGGCCUACAGCGACGGACGGGACAAGGCUGAGGAGAGGUUGCUGUUGCUUCAGAAGAGAGCAGAGGAUCACCAGCAGCACCAGGACUGUGUGAAUAAGUUCCAAACAUGGCUGCUGUCCAAGGAGGAGGAGGUCAGACACUUCAGCCAGCAGGCGGACAGCACAGAGAACAAGCUGCAGCUACUGCAGGAGCUCGAAACGAGCAUCGCCAACGAGGAGCGGACUCUGCGCCACAUCGAGAGCCUGGCGGAGUCCGUGAAGGCCAGCACGUCCCCGGCGGGGGCCGAGGAGGUGGCGCGGGAGACGGGCAGCCUGCGGGCGGCCUGGGAGCGUCUCCGGCUGGGCCUGCAGGAGGCCCGCGGCGGCCUCCACGACUCGCUGGACUCCCAGGGCCAGUACGAGGCCCGCUGCGGGCAGCUGCGCACGGGCAUCGGGGAGCUGCGGGCGCUGGUGCAGAGGCUGGCCAGGGAGCUGGAGGGCAGCGACGGAGAUCGGCAGCGGGAGCGGUCAGAGGAGCAGCUGGUGACCCAGUGGAGGAGGUGUACGGGUGUGAGAAACACACUGAUAGAUGAGGAGCCUCGCGCUGAGCUGCUGAAGGACCGUCUCAAGGAGCUGAUCCACUUGUCGCAGGACUGCAAGCCGCUGUCGGACGAGCUGCUGCUGGCCGUGAAGGAGUAUCAGAGUUUGAAAGGCCGGGCAUUCCGCCUUUCCUCUGAGAGCGAAACAGGCCUGAGGCAGGUUCUCCAGGACCCCCUGCAUGGCUUCAGUCAAUGGAGCCAGAUGGUGUCUCAAGUGCUGGAGGCGUCUGCCGAGGUGUCCGAGUUCUCCCACAUUGCCCUGCUCGUGCAGAACAUCGAGAAACUGUUGAAGCAGAGCCUGCAGCUGCAGGAGCGUCUGAGUCUGCUGCAGGUGAAGCGGGACCUGCUGGGCUGCGUGUUCGGGCCCGAGGCGGCCGAGGGCCUGCUGUCCGAGCUCAGCGCCAACGUGCGCCGCCGUGAGCUCCUGCACAGCCAGCUGCUGCAGCGCAAGAGCCGCCUCCAGGGAUUAAUAUCACGAACCAAAGACUUUGGGGAUGCUUAUGGGUCCAUUCGUAAGAAGCUGGCCUUCAUAAACGAACAGUGUCUGGCUUCACACACCCUCCAGCCGGACAUUCUGGCCAAGAAGAGUCAAUGCGACCAGUUGAGGGUCCUCAAGAGGGACUUGGAGGAUUGUGAGGCUCACAUCACCGCGCUAGAGACACUGGUGUCAUCCAGUCCCACCAACAGAGCCAAGUUCGAGUGCCUCUUCGCCGACUGGAAUAUAGUCUACAAAACCGUCAGGGUGAGGGUGAAUGAGUGUGAGCAUCAGAUCUCGGAGCACGAGGUCUUCCACGAGAGUCUGCUGAGUGUGGAGAAGUGGCUGAUGAUCAUGCGGCAGAAGCUGGAGUCGUUCCGCAGCUCUGGCGGGGAGUGGAGCGUGGAGAACCGGCAGCACGAGGCUGAGAGGGCGCUAGGGGAGUUUCCGGAGAAGGAACAGCAGCUUCGGCAGACGGAGCACCAGGGGCAGAAUGUGCUGGCCAAGACCUCUGAGGAGGGCAAAGUUCACAUCAUCCGUGACCUGAAGCGCCUGCGGGAAUCCUGGAAGACCCUGCAAUCCCUCAGCCUCCACCUGCACAGGCUUCUGAAUGGACAGGGGUCACGGGUCAAAGGUCAGCCUGGAGAGACAGCAGGAGGGGUCAGAGGUCAAGGCUCAGGUGGUCAGGUCGAGGGUGCUGCGGAGAACCCCAGAGGUCCACGUCGCCGCCUGUGGGAGCACGAGGGCUCGGCCGACGCACAUGGAGAAGGCCUGGAGAUGGACGAAGAGCACGGGCCGGGCCAGCGCCAAGAGAGCGGAGGAGGGGCGGGCCGACCAAACCUGUUGCCCAGCAACGGCAGGGGUCAGAGAGCGUUCUGCGGCGGCCAGAGUGUGGACGAGGUGGACUCCGAGCGCUCGGGAGGGGAGCUGGGGGUGAGCGCGGGGAGGACUGCCCAGAGAGGGGAGCAGGGGGCGAGCACGGGCAGGACUGCCCAGAGAGGGGGCCUGGCGGUCUGCGGAGACGCCGGGGCGAGCAGGCGGACGGGCCAGUGGGUGGAGGAGCACGCCGCUGCCUCCGGAGGGGAGGGAGGGGCCCUGGAGGACGGCGAAGGCUACAGCCCGGGCCUCAGCCUGAGAGCACGCCGCCGCAGCGGAGAGCAGAGCGGGCUGGACGACUCCAGGUCCAGGGGGGCGAGAAGAGACGCGUCCGGUCGACACUCCGGCACGACACCAACGCCCACAAAGGGGGGCCGCGGCCCUGCCGACUCGGGGGAGCAGCGGCGACACUUUGACAUCUGGCUUCAGAGGGAGACUGACAAGCUCUCGGGGAUUCUGAACAGCCACCGAGCCAUCAGCGCCAAAGAGCUCAAGAUCAGAGAGAAUACGCUUAAGGCCUUGCGGUCUCGUGUUUCCUGGGGCCAGGGUCAGUUUCAGCAGCUGCUGGACUCUCGGGCCGGGUCAGGGGCCGGCGCCGGCCCAGAGGUGGAGGACGUGGAGCUGGAGGACUUGCGGUAUCGCUGGAUGCUCCACAAGUCCAAGCUGAAGGACGUGGGCGAGCUGAGGGACCGUCUCGGAGUGGCGGAUGUUGGUGCUCAGAAGGAGGAGCUUGUCCGAUCGGGAAAGGAGGAGAGCUGCUGCGGUUUCCUGUCCCGUGUGUGUCGCGUGGCUCUGCCCCUGCAGCUGCUCCUGCUGGCCCUGCUGCUUCUGGCCUUCCUGCUGCCCAUGAUGGACGAGGGCACCAGCUGCUCGCUGUCCAACAACUUCGCCCGCUCCUUCAACAUCAUGCUGCGCUACGACGGACCCCCGCCCACCUAGACCGGCGGCCACGACCCCGGCCAGCCCUGUGGGGCGACACAGGGCGACUCCCGACAUGCAUCGCAACGCCACCGAAAUGCCACCCACCUCGACCGCCCGCUACGAGAUCGCUCAGCCCUGUACGCAUGGGGAACAAACACAGGCAACACUGAAGCGCUCUGCUAGGCAAAGAUCCCUGUAGUCAGCCGGUCUACCAUGUUUGAGUCUCAAUGACUCCUCCGCGGAGUGGAAUGUUUUCCUCGUUUCCAAUGGGCUAUGCCUCAGUAAUCGGGAGACUUCUAAACAAACACUUAAUUUAUGACCAAAAAUAAUAAAUCAGUCGAAAGUCUAUAGAAAUGCAGAUCUAGGUCCCUGGCGAAUCCACUUCUCUCCUCUCUGCUGGGUGCUGGGCCUGUGUGUGUGUGUGUGUGUGUGUGUGUGUGUGUGUGACUGUGUGUGGGCGAGUUUGGCUCGCCCAGUCCGUUCUGUUUGACUCAAGCUGUUCUGCACUCUGCACCCACUCUUCCAAGCCAACUCGGUCCUUUGAUCCUCCAGAAGAAUAGAGCGAGAGAGAGAGAGAGAGGGAGACCUCACUAGUGAUUCUGUGGAGGAAUAAGCAGAUGCAUUAUUCAGCCGAAUACACGCAUUCCUUGACAGCGUCUGAUUCAGGAAUGAAUCCUGUCGGGAAUGAUUUCAGGUCUGAGGCGGACUUUGCAGAACUACAUCUGACCUGGGUCAGAUCCGCCAUCUUGGUUGCUUUUGAAUUGCUUAUAUUAUCAUGUCUGACACGAGUAUUCAAAUACAGGUGUUUUUGAAUGCUUAUAUUAUUAUGCCUGACACGAGUAUUCAAAUACAGGUGUUCUUCAAUGUUUGAAUGCUUAUGAACUGGCAUCGUCAAGGUGGUUUGUUUUGUUUAAAAAGCAGACGAGCUAGAGCCCCUGACAAUGUAACCACCUGACUUAAAAAGCGGAUGUUACUUUGUACUGUAAUACCCCAUUAGUUUAACAUGCAAGCCUUUCCUUAACCCUAGUAAAUGCCUUCUAAAAUGCAUAGACAGUGCUGUUUACUUUCUUAAUUUGUUGAUUUUAUAUGAUUCUGCGUCGCAUGAUGGAGAAAUAGUGUUUGAAUUUCCUCUGUGCAUCUUUUACUUCAUGUCUUUAAUUCCACGUUGACUUCAGAAACAGUCAGAAUGAUCCUGUAUAGCUUGAGGGCUCUCUCACUGACAUCACAGUCUUCAGUUUAAACUGUCAUUAGUCAUAUUUUACCUCACACCUGUGGCGUUGUGUCUGUGCAGGCAGGUCUUUCUUCUCCCCUGAGUCCGCAAAGCCUGUUUCACCACACGCACACACACACACACACACACACACACACACAAAGGUC